CCGCGGUGGUCGCAGCGGCUGCCGCGCUGUCCUUGGGUUCUCGGCGUGAGGAGGCGGCGGGUGAAGAGGAGCAGCGUGUUCGAGGCGGAGACCGGGAAGGAGCCCCGCGGCCUCGCCCCUUGCUAUGGACAGCGCUGUCACCCUGUGGCAGUUCCUUCUUCAGCUCCUGCAGGAGCCUCAGAACAAGCACAUGAUCUGCUGGACCUCUCGGGAUGGGGAGUUCAAGCUUCUGCAGGCAGAAGAGGUGGCUCGUCUCUGGGGAAUGCGUAAAAACAAGCCAAACAUGAAUUACGACAAACUUAGCCGAGCCCUCAGAUACUAUUACGUAAAGAAUAUCAUCAAAAAAGUGAAUGGUCAGAAGUUUGUGUACAAGUUCGUCUCUUACCCGGAGAUUUUGAACAUGGAUCCAAUGACAGUGGGCAGGAUUGAGGGAGACUGUGAAACGUUAAGCUUCAGUGAAGUCAGCAGCAGUUCCAAAGAUGCGGAGAAUGGAGGGAAGGAGAGACCACCACAGCCUGGUGCCAAGACCUCCAGCCGCAAUGACUACAUACACUCUGGCUUAUAUUCCUCGUUUACUCUCAACUCUUUGAACUCCUCCAAUAUGAAGCUUUUCAAAUCUAUAAAAAUUGAGAAUCCAGCGGAGAAAUUGGCAGAGAAGAAAUCUCCCCAGGAGCCAACAUCAUCUGUCAUCAAAUUUGUGACAACACCUUCCAAAAAGCCACCACUUGAACCUGUUGCCGCUAGCAUCUCAACUGGCCCAAGUGUUUCGCCAUCUUCAGAAGAAACUAUCCAAGCUUUGGAGACUUUGGUUUCCCAAAAACUGCCUUCUCUGGAAGCCCCAGUGUCUGCAUCCAACAUAACUACGGCUUUUACCACCACCCCUCCUGUUGCGUCCCUGUCCCCGUCUUUGCGGGAGCCUCCUAGAACGCCCUCACCACCACUGAGCUCUCACCCGGAUGUCGACACAGACAUUGAUUCAGUGGCUUCGCAAUCGAUGGAACUUCCCGAGAACUUGUCACUAGAGCCUAAAGACCAGGAUUCAACUUUGCCAGAAAAGGACAAAACAAAUAAUUCAUCAAGAUCCAAGAAGCCCAAAGGAUUAGAACUGGCACCCACCCUUGUGAUCACAGGCAGUGAUCCCAGCCCACUAGGCAUCUUAAGCCCAUCCCUGCCCACAGCGUCUCUUACACCGGCACUUUUUUCACAGACGCCCAUAUUACUGACCCCGAGCCCCUUACUCUCCAGUAUCCACUUCUGGAGUACCCUCAGCCCUGUUGCUCCCCUGAGUCCAGCCAGACUGCAAGGUGCUAACACACUUUUCCAGUUUCCUUCUGUACUGAACAGUCAUGGGCCAUUCACUCUGUCUAGCCUGGAUGGACCUUCCACUCCUGGCCCAUUUUCCCCAGACCUACAGAAAACAUAAUGUGUGCCCUAUGGAAUGAGAGAACUGGGGAACAGAGAAGCAGAGAGACAUUCACCGUGAUUACAUCUGAAGUGAGCAAUUGAUAAAUCCACAAAGCUGAUAAAGGACUGUUGUGAUUUCUCCCAUUCCCCAUCAAACUGCCUUUUUGGAAUUCCUUUGACUAGGACUCAAGUUGAACUCUGUAUAAAAAUGCCUUAAUUGGAGUCCAGACUCCACCUCCUUCUCUUUUCUUUUUCGUAGUAUUUUGAGCUUUGUAUUAAAGUUUUGGUGGGAUUUUGCCUUGCAAGAGCCGUCAAGGACAGAGUUACUCAUUCUGGCCAUUGGGACCCUUUGGCCAGAAAAAAAAAAAAAAAAAUCAUGCUUAGAGUAUAUUAAGAAAUACUAGUUAAAUGAAAUUGGCCAUAUCUUUAGGACUUAAGUGUGCUGUGUUGAACCAUGAAAAAUGAGCUGUAAAGAAUCAUUCCUAUUCUCACAGAGUAAGAGUGGAGCAGUGCUAUUGGGGAGAUUUUUUUUGUGUGUGAACUGUGACAUAUGUCAGCAGCUCCACAAAAUGCAUCUUGUUUACAUUCAUUCAGGGUGGAUCUCUUAGCCAUAUAUGUGAUCUUGCCUGAACCUGUCAACAGAGCAUAGAGCUAGUCUACCGCAACCUAGGAAGAUUUGUAAACCUGGGGUUUUAGACAGUGUUUGGAACAUCCAGUGAGAAUAUGGGACCCCACAUCUAGCAUGGAAGUGUCUGCCCUCUGGGCGAUGUGACCACGUAUUCCUGAAAUACAGUAUGGUAAAUGCUGUCUUUUCAUCGAGAUGAACCUGGGCUUUGAAAAAUUGAGGCGCCUUUGAAGAUUCAGUUAAAUAACUUGAAACGUGAGAUGUUUUCCCAGAUAGAAGAUGCUCAAGUAAAGGACUGUAUUUUCUGUUCCUUUGACCUCAUAUUCUGUGGUAUAGUUAUCUUCUUUUCCUUUUAAAUUUAAGGUCCUUAGAGGUUGUGAUAGUUUUAAGAAUGGAAUUAGGAAGAUGAAAUGCAAAGGGAAGCCUCCAGAUCAGUAGUGAGGUAAAGAUGUGCUUAUUUCUUCCAAUUUAUUUUUAAUUAGGAAGGAGCGGAGUUCACUUGGGAAUGCUCGCACAUAGGGUUGGAUUGUUUGUUUUAGUGGUAAACAAUUUCAGCCUCGGGCCUAAAUCACCACGUUUAUAAGAUAUGACCAUACAGCCAGGUGCAGACAGAUUUGUUGGUUUCCCCAAACUGAAUUGAAAUUAUUCCCACAGCAGGACCUUUGGUUGAUAUAUUUGGCUCUAAAGCCCAGGAUGAAAUUAUAUGCCAGCACCACCACCCUGCCCAUUAAAAUCUUCUUUUAACUCUAGAAAUAGUCCCUGUAAUUGACUCACAUGAACUGAAUGGGAGGAGGGAGUAAGGACUGGGGGACUCAGAAUGACAGAGACAAGUCAGCAUGUUCCAGGUGCAUUAUAUUCCCUUUAAGAUGUUUAUAUACAGUGUAGAGAAGUUUGUGUAGGACAUCUGUGCUAGCUCCCUAGGAGUGACCUUUCUAUUUGUAGGUUGAAGGUCUGUUCUGGGUCAUGUGUGGCUAUCAGCCGAGAGUCCUGGUUCUGAAAAGUGCAAUAGUAGUGUUAGACGGCAGCGUCCAUUUCCUUUGCAUGCCUGUUUGAAAUUAGACCUCUCAGCAGCACUUUCAAAUAGUUUAUUAGGUUAAUUAACAUUUUGUACCUUAAGUAAUAAAUAUUGAUGACUCGAGUUAACUAGAAGUUUUAAAUUUUCAAAGCACAGAAGUAUUUUGCCUUUUUUUUUUUAAUCCACAGAAGUUUAUUUUCUCAUAUUUUGCCUUUUUGAAUUAAAGGAGAAAAGCCAUUUGUUUUCAGAGAUGGUAAGGAACUGUCUCAGCAUGGGGGUGCUUGGGAACCACAGGUACCAUUAAAAAGCAGUAAAAGCAACUUGUUAGGAACCAAUUUUGUGAGUCCUCUUUCUAUGCGCCUAUCUGGAGAGCCUCUGAGAGGUGUGAGGCGUUAGGAGUUAAUGAUCUGUCUUCUCUUUGAGAUCAGCUAAUUUGGGAGAAGCUUGUGUGUGUGUGUGUGUUUUCUUUUUAUUAAUGAAAGUUUACAUCCUUAGCUAAAGGUAUGAGACAGAAUGUUCUGUUUGUAGACUGCCUCCUUCCUAGAUAAGUCUUCAGCUUCGUAUUUGGACAUACACAGAGUUCUUACAUCAAAAGGUGACACACCAUUUUAACAUCAGUAUUCCCUGGAGAGACUUACAUUUGGUAGUUGUGGUGGUUUCCAUCAGUUGCCAGAAUGAAUGCUGUUGGGCACCAGCGGCCUACACUAAAGGAGGGUAAGCAGGUUGUACGGGGUUUGAGGACAUCUGCUGUCAGUGAUUGUUCUAGCUUUUCUUCUACUCUGGCCCCAUUCGCUCAGUGGUGUGCUGGAAAAUAUUUAACAGCCAGGCUCUCUGGGGGAAAAACCCUUAAUUUGUAGCCUUUGCCCAUUUCUGUGAUGUAAAUUACUCCCACUGUGACUGAUUUCAGGCCACCACCAUACAGUUGGGAAGAGAUAAUGUAGGCUUGACUCAGAGCUGCUGCCAGCAAGCCACUGCAUUUGCCACCCAAGAGUGGGUUUUUACAUAAUUUCUAAAAUAACUUUUUUUGUUCACAUCUCAUUAUUUAAAAUACAGAAUUAAAGUCACGUGUCUGACUUUAGUAAUGCUUUUUUUAAUGAUUUGCCAUGGUGCUUUUGCAGUGUUAAAGUCCUCGUGGCAUGUUUUGUGUUCAGGUAAAGUAGAAACUCUCAUUGACUUUUUUUUUUUUCCUGGUAUGUAAUUGAAGACUCCAGAGGCCCCCCACAAGUCAACCUUAAACUUAGAGUUAAAAUACAGGUUUAGUUUUUUUUUUUCCCCCAGAUUUUGAUGGGAAAAGUAACCCAUGACCCUUAAUAGUAAAAGGGCACUGGAUUUUUUUUUUUUUUCCAAACUGGAAAAAUUCCUUGAAGAUUUACAUAUUGUUUUAGAGUUAAAAAAAAAAAGACAACACUGCCUGUUGAGUCUGUAUACCUGGCGUGAUUUCUGGUUUUCUCCAUACUUGUCAGUUAGGCUCGGAGGGGAAAAUAAAUCAUAGGCUUGGAAUUCUUGAACUGCACCUGCAGGCUGUUGAUUGUAUCACAUCAGCUCUGUUUACACCUGUCACUGUAGGGUGUCUAGUCUGUCAACAUUUUUCAUCCUGAUCUCAGAAUUUGUGUUGUGAUUCUGAAAUUCUAAAAAGUAGCUUUGUAUCUUUCUAGUGAAUUUAAGCACGGGUAGAGUAACUCAUUGAUAUUUCAGAAAAGCAACCUCUAAGUCUUUUGAACACAUAUUUUGAAGAGUGGAAAGAUUUUGAACACAAAUGCCCUAUUAAAAAUCCAUACAUCUACAUGCUGAGUUAUGUACCACUAUACUAAUGAUGAGCCUUGGUGGCGCGGUGGUUAAGAGUUUGGCUGCUAACCGAAAAGGGCAGCAGUUUGAAUCCACUAGCCGCUCCCCUGUGGCACAGUGAUUAAGCACCCUGCUGCUAACCUUUCUGAAAGAUCAGUGGUUCGAACCCACCAGCAGCUCCUCGAGUGAAAGACCUGGGGACCUGCUCCUGUAAAGGUUACCGCCUAGGAAAACCUGUGGGGCAGUUCUGCUCUGUCACAUGAGGCCAUUAUGAGUUGGAAAUGACUCGAUGGCAUAAAACGUACUAAUGUGUGUCCAUUAUAAUGUAAUAUGUCCAUUAUAAAAUGUGAAAAUAGACAUCAAGGAUGACAUAGAGAGUAAAUAUUGCAUACAAGUUCUAAUACUUUCUUCCUAUACCUGACACACAUUCAACUUUAAAUACCACUGACUCAGGAUAUUGCUUUAGUCUAAUCCUCGGGGAAAAAAAGUGUGUGCCUUUGUUGUGAUAUGUGGAGAACUCUUUCACAGAUUUUCAUGUCAAAUCUCUAGAAGUAAUUCGGAAUUUUUAGGAGAGCUCGUUAUCACCUUUCUGGAAUUGCACAUUCUUUUUCAUAAGUUGCCAGAUAAAUAGCCCACUACCAGAUUUUUCCAGGGACUUCACCCAUGUUAUUUUUGACAACAGCCUGUUGUCUCUUUCCUCUUAGUAUUCAGUAUGAUUCUAUAUUUUACUGGUCUGUUGAUAAAUUUUUAAGCCUUCUCUCUUAUAUUUUGCCAACAAAUUCAGAAUUAUUUCAAGUUGCUUUAUGUUAAAAUACAUAACUUCCAUUUUCUUGCUGCAUUAGUAAAAAUUUUUUUUUUUCGGUGCAGUGACAUUUCAGCAUCUGAAGGAAUGCUUUUCUGGUCGAGUCGGUUCUGUUUAUGACUUCAUUUACCAUUGUUUUACACUACUUGUUUACAUGGCAGAAAUCUAGAAUUGUGCUGUUGUUAGUUGUCUAAAUAAGUGUGGCUGUGAGCGCAGGUCUCUGUGCAGAAGCCUGGGGCUCUGAGUGAGUCACCAAACCAGCAGGAAAGAGAGACUGCCCGUGAUGUAGUCUGUUGUCUGAGGGGAGGACAGAAUAUAUUUUGUGAACAUGGGGUGGAACGAAGUGAUGGCUCAGUCUGCAGUCAUGUAAGUGAAGUUGAGGUCGACCAUCAUUGUCUCUCUUGAGGGAGGUGCUCUGAGUAGAGAACAGGUCCUAUGGAAAGUAUUUUGUUCAUUAUCUGCUUGGCUCUGGGUCAACAAAUAAGUGUUUUGUUACUGCUUUUAAUGCUGCUGGCCUUGCCUGAGACAAGGUGCCCUGUUACUUUUCUUAUGUCAUCGGAACUCUGCUUACUGAAGUUGAAGUUAUAAUCUUAGAAUCUAGAAUUGUUGUGGGUGGUGAUGUAGUAAGCAGGACAGAAGGCGGUCUGAUUUCAUUUCUUGUACUUGGUGGAACCUGUUAGUAUAAAAAGUCCUGUUUUGACCUGUAAAGUGAGCAGAUCUGAAAGGUGGUUGUCGAUGUGGAAUAGCUGUUCCGUUUGAAGCUGCCAGUUUCUUCAAGCUGCUCUUCUGGGAAAAAACCUUUUUUUUUUUUUUUUGUAAAGUCACAGCCUGCCAGAAAGUAGCAAUUUCUAGGAUGCUGCCAUUCACACUUACCCACUGUGAAAGACAGAAACCCAGAGUGGUCUGUGGCAGAAGGAAAUGGUGGCUGUAGGCUUUCUCUAGAAACCAGGAAAUCCAAGUUUGCGUUAACAUGAUUUUAAAUGAAACCUUUAACAAGAAAAUCUACGAGAGAUGCAAUCAGACAUACUAAGUCUCUUGAACUUGAAUCUUUUGAGAAUAAUACAUAUCAGGAAGUAUAAAAUUUUACUUUGAAAUUUUUAAUUAGGAGACUAGAACAUUUGUUUCCAAGUCAUUUUGAUGCUUUGACUAUGUGUGUGUGUGUGUACUGAGUGUGUAUGUGUAUUUUCAGAGGGAACAUGUAUUAUUCAUCCUCUAGGCUCCUAGGCUAUUUCAUAUAAGAACUUAAACUGCUGCACUUUGCAGUUGCCACUUCUUAAAGGUUAAUGCCUUGCACAUUUCACAUUUUUUUAGUACCUAAAUUGUAGGCCUUAUAGACUGACCGCUUGCCAGCUUUUUAGAAGUACAGCGCUACAUGUGAUGUAUUCUAGACAAAAUUGUCGGAAACUCUUCUCAUGUGCUCGUGUUACUGAGCCAAUAAGGAUGUCCUCUCUUAAAAGUUCUACAUUUACUUUUGCUUCUGUGUAAAAUCCUUAACUGGUUGGGAUAUAAAUUCCUCAGAAGCAAAAUUCCUAAAAUACAGAGCUCUGACCGUGAAUCAGUACACUAGUGGAGGGAUUCUGGUAUUGUGGCCUCAUUUAUCCUUUUGAAAACUGUACAUAAUAAGCACCUCAAAGUAGAGUAUCUUGGGCUAAUUGCUCUUCUCAGCUUUGCCUCGUUUUCCAUCUCAUAAGGGCCCAUUCUGGUUCUUGUUCCUUCCGAGGAUUUUGAGCCCUGCUAGGACAGGCCUGGGAUCUUCUGGACUGGGGGUGCCCCAUGGCUGGACCAGAGCUCUAGCCAAUGGAAUCAUUGAAGUACGCCUGGAGUUCGGGGUGGGGAUGCCAGAUACCGGUGUUCAGUCACUUGGCACUUUUUUGAACACCAUUGUUAGCACUGUUUUGUUUUUAAUAACUGGAAGCACUUAAUGAUUAUUUUAUUCGUUUAAUUUCACCUUAAGGAUAUUGAAAGUCAGGGAAGUAAGAUCUACUUCUCAUUUAUGUUUUCUGAUACAUGAGACUCUUUGGAGAAGGGAUGAAUGGAUUAUGUAAUGAGCCGCUCUUCUGGGCUCUCUGUAAGGUAUGCUCUUUUGGCCAAGAUGUUUUAAAAUAAUUUACAAGCUUUUACUGUUGCGCUUUGUAGAAAUUUAUGAAAUGUUUUAAUGAUUCGCAAUUGAUGGAUUAUAUUCAACUUUGUAAACUAUCCCAUUUUAAGUUUCUUUUCUGUUUAAGCAUUGUUGCUUACUGUCUGUUGCUAUGUAGAGUACAUAGUCCCUUGUAAGACAUUUUGUAUUUUUUGUUUCUGGGGCAGUAUUACCAGUGGCCUUUAUAUUACAUUAUACUCAUUGGUCAUGUGGUAUAGUAGCAUAUUUCAUGAACUUCCCUGUCCAGUAAUAGUGAAUUUAGCUAAGACACACAUAUGUAAAAAUGGAAGAGAAAUGAAUGCAAUUAAUUCUUGAUUACCCGAGGCCUGUCUGUUCAGUUUGGCCAUGGAUCUUUUGCUGACAACAAUCAGAUCUGUUUCUUCACUUUUGCCUUCUAGCAGUUUCAUUUAUCUUUGUGGGUAGGGAAGAUUAAAUAUGAAACUCAGUCCAGUCAUUUUGCUACUGGUUACCUUUGGUUUAAGCAUUUGGUUUGAGGUGAAUAAAAGUUUUUACUAAAAUUAGUUUUUAGGGAGGAUUGUGCCCUUUAUUCACUGAAUAAAUAAGUUGGGUUAAAAAAAAAUAUAUAUAUAUAUAUAUAUAUAUAUAAUUUUGCAUUUUGAAAAAGAAACUAAUAGUUUUUCACAAGCGAUACUGGAUGUUGUAAAAAUGUUUAUACCAGGAGACCACUUGGAAUGAGUAUGAUUAAUGGGAAAUAAGUGUAGCUGGAUGAUCUGAAAUUUCACUGGCCAGGUGCCUUGGCCACAGUGGCUCUGGCCGUUUGUGGACUACUCAGUGUGGACAUCACUUAAAAAUUAAAUGAUGUUAAACGAUAAACUUGAUUUUCAUUCACCCAGCUCUGUAA